GUAGGCUAGAUUUCAUACGUAUAAAAGAAGCGCCUUUUACAUAUACAGGGGAGAAACAUCCGUUGUUUCUUAGCUCGUGGCGCCAUUGCAUUGGUAUCUUCGUCUUCGUUGUAGACAUGGGGAUGCUGGCUUCUGCUCUGAGUUCUUUCAACAAGAAAAGCACGUUGUUGCAGAUGCUUACCUCACUGGCGAAGACAGUAGGCAGGAUUCCAGCUUCGUGGGGGAGACAUGCGUGGAGCAUCGGAAGCGAAGAUCCAAGGAGAGCGGUCCAUGCUCUCAAGGCUGGGACGGCUCUCACGCUGGUGUCCCUCCUGUACAUACUCGAGCCUUUCUUCCAAGGGAUCGGAAAGAACGCAAUGUGGGCUGUCAUGACCGUAGUCGUCGUGCUCGAAUUCACUGCAGGAGCAACCAUAUGCAAAGGGCUGAAUAGAGGGCUGGGAACAGUGCUGGCAGGCUGUCUAGCACUUCUCAUCGAGCUCGUAGCAGCCGGAACCGGGAAGGUUCUGCGCGCUUUCAUCGUGGGGGCUUCGGUGUUCAUAGUAGGAUUUGCCGCCACAUAUACCAGAUUCUUCCCAGCGAUCAAGAAGAGCUACGACUACGGUGUGCUGAUCUUCCUCCUGACCUUCAACCUGAUCACGGUGUCAAGCUACCGGCAGCAGGACGUGGUGUCGUUGACGAGAGACCGCCUGAGUACUAUCGCCAUUGGCUGCGCGAUAUGCCUGUUCAUGAGUCUCUUGGUGUUGCCCAACUGGUCCGGAGAAGACCUCCACAGUAGCACCGUUGGCAAAUUCCAAGGAUUGGCGACGUCAAUUGAAGCUUGUGUGAAUGAGUAUUUCCGAGACCAGGAUGAAGGCGACGACGUUCUUGGCAAGCAGGAAGCAAGAGCUUCCAUUCAGAUCGGCUAUAGAGCAGUCUUGGACUCAAAGUCCAGUGAUGAGACCCUAGCACACUAUGCGAGCUGGGAGCCAAGACACUCGAUGCAUUGUUACAGCUACCCAUGGCAGAAGUACGUGAAGCUCGGGUCCGUGCUCAGGCACUUCGCCUACACGGUUGCUGCACUUCAUGGGUGUCUGGAAUCUGAGGUUCAGACUCCGCCGUCCGUGAGAUCGCUGUUCCGAGGCCCAUGCACAAGAGUUGCACGAGAAGUAGCCAAGGUCCUGCAGGAGCUUGCAGCGAGCAUAAAGCAUCACCGGCGGUGCGCCCCCGACGUGCUCUCCGACCAUCUCCACGAAGCGCUGCAGGAUCUGAACUCCGCCAUCAGGUCACAGCCGCGGCUCUUCCUCGGCUCCAAGCACGCGUGCGCCGCCAACAAGCGGGUGCUGCUGAUGGAACUGAACUCCGGGUCCGGGAAGCUUUCCGCGUCGAGAGCAGCUCUUCGCUCGUUCAAGACCGACGCGACAGCGCUGUCCGAGACGAGGAACGCCCGGUCAGACCAACCGCCGCCGCCGUCGGAUCGCAGCGAGAGGAGCGGCGGCUUGCUGCGGCCGACGCUCAGCAAGAUCGCCAUCACGAGCCUCGAGUUCUCCGAGGCGCUGCCGUUCGCCGCGUUCGCGUCGCUGCUGGUGGAGAUGGUGGUGCGGCUGGAGCUGGUGAUAGAGGAAGUGAAGAACCUGGAGCGGGUUGCGAACUUCAGAGAGCUCGCUACUGGGCAUAAUCACCUGAUCGUCGAUCUCGGUAGCAAGGAGAAGACGAGGAACAGUAAUGCUGCGGCGUUACACCCUGUUUCUGCUGCAGCUGAAUGAGGGCUCCAUUCUGAGAUUGUAGGCUGGAAUAUUUCUGUUCAUUUCCUAUAUAAAAAGCAGCCGUCUGGGAAGAGAGAUGCAUUUUACUCUUUUUCAUAGAAAACAUGGAUAGUGGAUUUCCAAUAAUACUCUC